CUUCACUUGCUUAUCACUAUGACUCAAAGAGAACAAAUGUCAAUUUCUUCUAUUACUUGUGAUACUAUACCUUCACAUAAAUACACACCAAUCCAAUAUCCUUAUCAUCGUAUGACCCACAGCCAAUCUUAUCCUGGCACUUGCAUGAUACCUUCAUCAUCGUCAUCAUUGUCAGCAGAUGAACAAUUCUACAUUCACUCACCGCCCUCAUCUCCUCAUUCAACCUCAAGUGUGCCACAUUGCCUUGAAAAAGAUGACCCUAGUUUACAUGAAAGAAGACAGAGAAACAAAGCUGCUUCAGCUAAAUACCGACAAAAGAAAAAUAUGCAACAACACGAAAUGCGCACCAUGAUCCAGCAACUUUCAGAACGCAAUGCUGUACUUGAAAGGCAAUUACGUGAAAUGCGUGAAGAAAAUCAUAAAUUAAGAGCAACAACAGAUAAAUUACGAGGCAAAUGUGUGGCUAAAAAGAUGUUGCGCCAAUGGAUUGAACGCCAAAAGGCAUCCAAGCCAAUGUCACAACAUGAUAUUGGUGUAGACAUAUUGGAUGAUGAUUUGGAUAGUCUGUGUUCAGACUUUUAAAAUGUAU